AUGGUUAAUCAAUUCACAAUCCACGUGGUGAACAACUCUGGCAGCCAGCAGACCUAUGCCUUCUUCACCGAGAUACCCAAAGUCACGGGCAAAGUCCAAAAUAAGAUUUGGCAAAAUGUCUUCGUCAACAAAGGGGCAGCCGACAGCCAGACGGUCUCUCGAUGCACAGAAUACUUUGCCAUGUGUGGUUCAGCUCAGGGUACACCUGCCGAUGGAGUCACCGUUUCCGUAGCAGGCAUGGCCCCGGUCACGCUAGGCAUCCAGAACGCAGACGGAACGCAGGUUCCGGGGACGACAUUGCCCUUCACUGUUGUCGACCAGGUUCCUCAAUUCGGCCCGAAGGCGGCUGACAGUUCAUUCGUCAAUGCCUUCGAGAUCGACACUGACGGAAGCUUUACUACCAAAGAUGCGCAAAACAACCAUUACGUGGUUGGCUUGGGCGGCUCCGCCGGCGGGGGAAAGACUGGACCGACAGUGACCUUCGUUCCAGAGCCCCAUGUUCAAUAUCAAAUCCAGCCAACCAACACCUAUUGGGUCACAUUCGGUGACUACACGCCAGGCAACAUCAUCGAUGUCGCCAAGAUCGGCAUGAAGGUCUCCGUUGACUUCACGAAACUCCCGAACGACGUGACCAUCAAGCACGACGAGCAUGGCAACCUUACCGUUCAGAAGAGUUCUUGA